AUUUCUGGCGCACCCGGCUCCCGGAGCCACAUACGUUUCUUUUCUUGACAGUCGGCAAGUUAACGGCACUUAAAUAUCGAAACAAACAUCAUAUUCUUAACGGUCUUCAAACAGGAACCUUGUUUUUCGUGAAGUGCAAUACACGAGCCCCGUGUAAACGGUAACCUUCGAUGCUGUGAAGUCAUUUUAACGGAUGAUAAAGACGCUGACAGUUCAGGAUCCUCUUAUCGUUUCACCGGCAUCUAUAACAUUUCGGUUAGUUCUACGUUACGUCGAAAACGGUAUGUAGCUGACCUUACUUAUCAAGAGAAAUUAAAGAGAAAUAACCGUUUUCGUGCCAGGUAAAGCCCGAGAAUGUGUUCGUGGUAAAAAGCCUGGUUUGUAAGCUAACCGGCUUCUGGUAGCUUUUCCUUUCAGUGCCGGCUGAAAUGGAGGGACAUGUGACGUGGUAGUAACGGCUCGAGAUAUAACGGUGGAGUCAAGUGCUCUUUGACUAAGUUCUCAACCGGUUGACAGUGUAUCUGUAGUGUGUCCAGUUGUUGAGGCGAACAUUACCGGACACGUAUGAUGCACCAGCAGGGCUCGUUGAUGCCCCCCUUGCUCAGUGAUGUGUUCUGCCAAUGUCGAUCGGGUGAGAGCCACCGGGGAGUCGACCCGGGUGGCGGAGGCGGAGGCGGGCACACCGUAGACCCAUUUAAACCAGUACCUCUACAUCCCGUUGCUGCCGACUGGCACUCGGACCCCGGUCAUUCAGCGAAUCCAUGUGAUAUAUGUGGAGGGUCUGAGCAGGAGCACAGACUCAAAGUGUUGUUCCAGGUCCUGGAUGUGAACGGGGAUGGAGGCAUUUGUAUCAACGACCUGACAAUUGGCCUGAAGAAAUUAGGGGUACAUCGCACUGAACAUGAGCUCAUGAAAAUAGUGAAAGCAGGAGACAAAGACCUGGACGGACAGUUAGACUUUGAGGAGUUUGUUCAUUAUCUCAGAGACCAUGAGAAGAAGCUCCGGCUGGUCUUCAAGAGUCUGGACAAGAAGAAUGAUGGCCGGAUCGACUCACAAGAAAUCAUGCAGUCUCUGCGUGACCUGGGAGUGAACAUCUCUGAGGAACAGGCUGAGCAGAUUCUUAAAAGUAUGGAUAAAAAUGGCACAAUGACGAUUGACUGGAACGAGUGGCGAGAUUAUCACCUCCUCCAUCCAGCAGACAACAUUCCCGAGAUCAUCCUCUACUGGAAACACUCCACGAUCUUGGAUGUUGGGGAGAGUUUGUUGGUGCCUGAUGAGUUCACAGCAGAAGAAAAGAAAACAGGAAUGUGGUGGCGACACCUAGUGGCUGGAGGAGGAGCUGGUGCUGUGUCUCGAACCUGCACAGCACCUCUGGACAGGCUUAAAGUACUCAUGCAGGUUCACGCUUCCAAGAGCAACAGCAUGCGUAUCACUGGAGGCUUUGUCCAGAUGAUCCGAGAAGGCGGUGUGAGGUCACUGUGGCGAGGCAACGGCAUCAAUGUCAUCAAAAUUGCCCCCGAGUCUGCUAUUAAGUUCAUGGCCUAUGAACAGAUAAAACGAUUAAUUGGAAGUAACCAGGAGACAUUGGGCAUCACAGAAAGACUGGUGGCAGGCUCUCUGGCUGGAGCCAUUGCUCAGAGCAGCAUCUACCCCAUGGAGGUGUUGAAGACACGGUUAGCCCUGAGGAAGACAGGCCAGUACUCGGGCAUCUUGGAUUGUGCCAAACAGAUCUUUCAAAAGGAGGGCGUGGCUGCUUUCUACAAGGGCUAUGUCCCCAACAUGCUAGGCAUCAUCCCCUACGCUGGCAUCGACCUUGCUGUCUAUGAGACUUUGAAGAAUUCCUGGCUGCAACGCUUUGCCACAGACAGUGCUGAUCCAGGAGUGUUUGUGCUCCUGGCUUGUGGCACCACUUCAAGCACGUGUGGCCAGCUGGCCAGCUACCCAUUGGCCCUGGUCAGGACUCGAAUGCAGGCACAAGCUACCCUGGAAGGGGGCCCUCAGAUGAACAUGACGGCCCUGUUCAGACACAUCAUCAGGACCGAGGGGCCCAAGGGACUCUACCGGGGCCUGGCACCCAACUUCAUGAAGGUCAUCCCAUCUGUCAGCAUCAGCUAUGUGGUCUACGAGUAUCUCAAGAUCACCCUGGGGGUCCAGUCAAAGUGAGGAGGGAGGGAGGAUAUCAAGAGUGGCCAAAGGUUUAUUUUGUUUCCUUUGCUUUUCUUUUAGCUGAAGAUUUACUGCAUUUGGCCAGAAGAAAAGAGCAGCUGACAUUCAACAUAUUGAAAUCAAAUGAUGAAAUUCCAGGGUUUAAAUGUGAAUUAAUGUGGAUUAAGGGGAGGAAGAGCUUGAAAGCAGAGAGACUGAUGCAGACAGGCUUGACUGAAGCACCUGAAGUUGCUCUUAUUUAAAUGUGUCUUCAUGGAAUCCAGGAGUGUUUAUCACCUGUUCAUCCUGGAUGAGGAAGACAAAAGUUUACAUUGAAUUAAUUGAGGUAGCUUACUGGGGUACCAGUAUACUGACAAUGAAUGACUCUUUGUCUUAAAGGGCUUUGCUAGGAUUGAUCAUAAACUCUUUGAACCUAGUUCUUGGUCUCCAUUUAAUAUCAUGUUGGCUUUCCAGCUUUGUCUUCUCUCUCACAGCCUAAACAAAGUCAAAAGGUCACUGCUUAAUUAAAAAUAGGCAGUAGCCAUAUAAGUUAACUGGGCUUAACUCAUUCAUAUACACAAAUUAUGAAAGCGAGACCAAGAAUUUGUUCAUGGUUUUUUUUUCUCCAUGACACCUCCCACACUCUGUAAAUGUGGCAUUCACAGGAUAAUGAAAGAAUGAAUUUCCUUUUGUUUCCCAAGGUUCACUGCUUCUUCAGCUGCUUUAAAGACAUUUACUUCCAUUCAGUCAGGUGCUUUAUGGAGCAAAAAAAGUAGUAAACAACUAAGAUGUCUCCUGAUGAUGUAAUUAAACUUAACUUUGUGUUUAAAGCAUGUAGGUAUAACUCUAGCUGGAGCAGCUUCGUGACCCGCUCACUGGCGACAUGACUCGCGCACCAAACCUACAUGUCAGUUCACGAUCAGCCCCCUCCAACCCUUGGCCGUGAAGGAGAACAAAAAUGCUAAGUUAGCAAUUAGCAAUUGUGAAGUGUUAGGUUAAAAGAGUGCCGGUUAGGGUAAGGGUAAUGGGAGGGGUUACAUCUCAUUUCUUGAAUCACACCUUCAUGUACCAUGAAAUAUAAAGUGAACUAUUGUUACAUACUUGUUCACUUCAGUAUCACGUUGUAAAAGGGUUCAAAUAGCUGUCGUGUUGGUGGGUGUGUCUUGUACCAGUGGUGGACGGGGUUUGUCCAGCAAAACGUAUUUUAGCCACCUAAAAACAAAUCAAUAUCAGGUUAAGUUGGUGCUACAUUAAGAAUAUUUUCACUGCUCUACCUUGCUGUCAGACUGCGCUUUCCUUUGCCACUACAUUUUCUCAACCCUAGAGGUUCCGUAUUCAUACGCACUGUAGUACAGCCACAUAUUGGCGGUUCUGUCAGACUUUUAGCGGAUUGUGGGUGAGACAACAAAUACAAGAAAAUAUACCCUGACAGAUUAUGAUAGCAACGAGAAACUACUGUUACUGCAGAGAAAGGAGGAUACCUUUAUGAACCACAGUAUACAGAAGAACUUUUUUAGAGGGACUGAAUGGGCUUAAAGAGAAACAUGCGCAGGAAUACCGAAGUUCUACGGUUGAGAAAGUGUAGUGCUUAACUAAGGAGCUGUUUGACAGCAAGGUAAAGCGCUGAGUAUAUUCUCAAUAUUGCAUCUACUUAAACUCAUAUUGAUUUUUUGCAGCAGGCCUUUUCUAAGUGUAAAAAAUACGCUUUACUGUUGCCCCAGUCCACAGCAGAACAUAAUUUAGCUUCUGUGGUGUUUCUCCAGCCUGCUUCUCCAAACAGGGAGCGUGCCAUCUGACAUGGACUGUAGGUAAUACAAUGAAGAUGGAUAAGUACCCCAUACAACCCCACUUCAAAAAAUUUCAACUAUUCCUUUAACAGUGUUACACUGAGGCAGUAUUGCUAAGGGACAGAUUGUGGGUUCUCACAUAGGAAAUAUCUGAUCCCAAAACUUGUGUCGUAUUACCAACUGCUUGAGUUGACACAGUACAGUCCAUCAGCGUCCAUGACAGGUUUCAGUGCUUUCUUAUCUUUUCAGUAAUAACAGUUAGACGUUUGUAUGGUAGUAUUCCUCCUAAAAAUGUGUACAGAGGCCUCUGUGCGACACACCUCCUUAAUUCCUGUAGUCUAUCAGUUAUAAUAUGUUCAUGUUUAUACCAGUUUCCCUUUCCAUAGAUUCAACAUGAGCCACCAGGAUAUAUGUCAUUGCAUUAUCAGCUGGAAGGAAUAUUUCACAGGCUUGUUGGCUAAAGACAUUUUCCAUUCUUGUAUGAUGUCAAUAAAUAGUCCUUUAAGUCAUGUGGCAGGAUAUCGGAGCAGAGGCAGCACUCUCAGCCUGACUGAUUCCUGUGUCACAUGAGACACAGAUUCCCAUGAGUGCCUUGUGUGCCUCCCUUACAUAAAUGCACUUAAACACUAGAAGAGGUGGAGUCUGUGGAGCGUUGAAUGCACUUUAAGGUACUCUGCUUUAAUUCCUGUUUGUCUUUUUUUCUUUUUUUUUAUUGAUGUAUUUAUGUAUUUAUUUUUACAAAAGAGGAUUCAUGACUGAAUUUGUUAUCUAUUACUUGUGUUGAUUAUAUAACAUUAGGUGACCUUAAGAUUUUAGACUCAUCUGUGGUCUUCUUAAAAUAAAAGAGGUGAUAAUCUGGUUUGUUUUUGAGAGCUAGAGGCAACUCUGAUAUGGUUCAAAGCCUCACAUAUAUGGAAGCCCAAAGUGUUCAGUUCUGACUUAAACAGAAAAAAAAAUAAAAAUCAUAUGAAUAAAUUGUGUAAACUAUUUAAUCGAACCAACAUUUUGUGAAAUAAUUGAAGAAAUUAUUAAAACACAACUCAUUAUU